AUGUAUUUCUGCGCUAACGUCAACAUAUUGAGCAGGCGGAACGAAUGGGUAUGGCUCUUCGGGGUUACUCCUGAUCAUCCGUCAUACACUCGAAUCCAUUGCUCUCAGACAUAUGAACAAGAAUCGAUGGGUGAACAAACAGCCGUGCCCUACCCACCAAAACCUCCGGAAAAUGUUACGCCUCAGAAAACAGUCCCUCUAACAGAUGUGUUUCCAAAAGAACUUCCAAAAGAGGAUACACAGAAGACGCAGUCCGAAAUGUUACCUCCCAGGCCAAAAGAACCACAUAAACCUAAGCCAGGACCUGCUGGCAGGACUGUUAGCCAGAGUCAUCCGCCUGAGGAAAAAGGAAUAGUGAUCAAAGAAGAAAAACAGAAAACUGGAGAGCGACCACGAAGCAAAACAAUCGCACCUACUCAAACUGCAAGCAUUGAGAGUGGAGACGGAGACGAACUUCAUGCUACAGAAGGCUCAGCAGUUGGUAGUAAGGAGAAAAAGUCAGUUGGCCCACUAAGCGGCUCGAAAGAAGGAGUCGGCCCACCCAGCGGCUCGAAGGAAAGAGUCAGUUCUCGUGAAGACGUCAUGUUAACAGCUGAAGACAAAGUGAAUAUAGGCGAAAAACAAGCGGUUAACUCUCAAAGACUAUGGCAAGACAAAUGA